AGGGAGAAUCCGGGUGGAAGCCGAGAAAUCCAGCCCCGAUAGCAGCGCCCGGUCCCGCCCCGGCCCCCGCCCCGGGGCGCUCGCCACACGCGCGCUGGCCGCCCGGGCCUCCGGAGCCGAUCUCUGGCCGGCACCCACGCUCCAUCACGGGAUCGAACCCGGCUCCCACCGCCGCGAUUCGGGGAGCCUUGGCCCCGGGGGCCCCACCAAGCGAGCAGCAUGUGGUGCCCCCAGGCCUGCCCAGUGUCCUUUGGCCCGCUGCCCAGCCCCCCCAGGAGACCCUGACGCCCUGGGGGCACUUCUUCUGUGCACAGGACCACGUGGGGGUUUGCCAUGGUGACAUAAAGGGGCGCAGAGGAAGGAAGGAGCGCGACCAGCCUGCAGACUGUGCCCCUGGCUGGGAGGAAGGGCCGGGGGCCCAGAUCCUCCACUCCUGCUGCCCACCGAGGGCCGCGCUUGCUAAGUGUCUGUGAAAUUGUUGGUCAGUGGACGACUCUGGUAUUUCCUGCGUGGGGCCUGGGGGUGGCCAGGGCACACGGGCCUCCAGCGGCCGAGGUCUCCGGGGCCAGGAUGCCCGCCCUGGCGCGCCUCCGGAGGCUGUGUCGGCAUGUGUCCCCACAGGCGAUACUUUUCCUGCUGUUCGUCUUCUGCCUGUUCAGCGUUUUUGUCUCGGCCUACUACCUGUAUGGCUGGAAGCGGGGCCUGGAGCCCUCGGCGGACGCCCCUGAGCCUGACUGUGGGGACCCGCCCCCCGUGGCCCCCAGCCGCCUGCUGCCGCUCAAGCCCAUGCAGGCGGCCGCGCCCUCCCGCACGGACCCACUGGUGCUGGUGUUUGUGGAGAGCCUCUACUCACAACUGGGCCAGGAGGUCGUGGCCAUCCUGGAGUCCAGCCGCUUCAAGUACCGCACGGAGAUCGCACCAGGCAAGGGGGACAUGCCCACGCUCACUGACAAGGGCCGUGGCCGCUUCGCCCUCAUCAUUUAUGAGAACAUCCUCAAGUAUGUCAACCUGGACGCCUGGAACCGGGAGCUGUUGGACAAGUACUGUGUGGCCUAUGGUGUGGGCAUCAUCGGCUUCUUCAAGGCCAACGAGAACAGCCUGCUGAGUGCGCAGCUCAAAGGUUUCCCUCUGUUCCUGCACUCAAACCUGGGCCUGAAGGACUGCAGCAUCAACCCCAAGUCCCCGCUGCUCUACGUGACACGGCCCAGCGAGGUAGAGAAGGGCGUGCUACCCGGCGAGGACUGGACGGUGUUCCAGUCAAACCACUCCACCUAUGAGCCGGUACUGCUGGCCAAGACACGCUCCUCCGAGUCCAUCCCGCACCUGGGUGCGGACGCCGGCCUGCAUGCCGCGCUGCACGCCACUGUGGUCCAGGACCUGGGCCUUCACGACGGCAUCCAGCGCGUGCUGUUUGGCAACAACCUCAACUUCUGGCUGCACAAGCUCGUCUUUGUCGACGCCGUGGCCUUCCUCACGGGCAAGCGCCUCUCGCUUCCUCUGGACCGCUACAUCCUGGUGGACAUUGAUGACAUCUUUGUGGGCAAGGAGGGCACACGCAUGAAGGUGGAGGACGUGAAGGCCCUGUUUGAUACGCAAAAUGAACUACGCACACACAUCCCAAACUUCACCUUCAACCUGGGCUACUCAGGGAAAUUCUUCCACACAGGUACUGAUGCUGAGGACGCUGGGGAUGAUCUGCUGCUGUCGUACGUGAAGGAGUUCUGGUGGUUCCCCCACAUGUGGAGCCACAUGCAGCCCCACCUUUUCCACAACCAGUCGGUGUUGGCCGAGCAGAUGGCUCUGAACAAGAAGUUCGCUGUCGAGCACGGCAUCCCCACAGACAUGGGCUAUGCGGUGGCCCCCCACCACUCGGGUGUGUAUCCCGUGCACGUGCAGCUGUACGAGGCCUGGAAGCAGGUGUGGAGCAUCCGUGUGACCAGCACGGAGGAGUACCCCCACCUGAAGCCGGCCCGCUACCGCCGCGGCUUUAUCCACAACGGCAUCAUGGUCCUCCCGCGGCAGACCUGCGGCCUCUUCACGCACACCAUCUUCUACAACGAGUACCCUGGUGGCUCUAGCGAGCUGGACAAGAUCAUCAAUGGGGGCGAGCUCUUCCUCACUGUGCUCCUCAAUCCUAUCAGCAUCUUCAUGACGCACCUGUCCAACUAUGGGAACGACCGCCUGGGCCUGUACACCUUCAAGCACCUGGCGCGCUUCCUGCACUCCUGGACCAACCUGCGGCUGCAGACGCUGCCCCCCGUGCAGCUGGCCCAGAAGUACUUCCAGAUCUUCUCCGAGGAGAAGGACCCGCUCUGGCAGGACCCGUGUGAGGACAAACGCCACAAAGACAUCUGGUCCAAGGAGAAGACGUGUGACCGCUUCCCAAAGCUCCUCAUCAUUGGCCCCCAGAAAACAGGCACCACGGCCCUCUACCUGUUCCUGGGCAUGCACCCGGACCUCAGCAGCAACUACCCCAGCUCAGAGACCUUUGAGGAGAUCCAGUUUUUUAAUGGCCACAACUAUCACAAAGGCAUCGACUGGUACAUGGAGUUCUUCCCUAUCCCCUCCAACACCACCUCCGACUUUUACUUUGAGAAAAGCGCCAACUACUUUGAUUCGGAAGUGGCGCCCCGGCGGGCAGCUGCUCUGUUACCCAAGGCCAAGGUCCUGACCAUCCUCAUCAACCCAGCGGACCGGGCCUAUUCCUGGUACCAGCACCAGCGAGCCCACGAUGACCCAGUGGCCCUGAAGUACACCUUCCACGAGGUGAUCACAGCUGGGCCCGACGUGUCCUUGAAGCUGCGGGCCCUUCAGAACCGCUGCCUGGUCCCCGGCUGGUACGCCACCCACAUUGAGCGCUGGCUCAGCGCCUUUCACGCCAACCAGAUUCUGGUCUUGGAUGGCAAACUGCUGCGAACAGAACCUGCCAAAGUGAUGGACACGGUGCAGAAGUUCCUUGGGGUGACCAACACUAUUGACUACCACAAAACCUUGGCGUUUGAUCCAAAGAAAGGAUUUUGGUGCCAACUGCUCGAAGGAGGAAAAACCAAGUGUCUGGGCAAAAGCAAGGGCCGGAAAUACCCAGAGAUGGACCUGGAUUCCCGCGCCUUCCUGAAGGACUAUUAUCGGGACCACAACAUCGAGCUCUCCAAGCUGCUGUAUAAGAUGGGCCAGACACUGCCCACCUGGCUCCGGGAGGACCUCCAGAACACCAGGUAGCCACGGCCACCACAGCCAGACUGAACGUAUGUGAUGGCCUGGACGGCCUGCCGCAUGCUGAGCCAGACUGACCUGCAGAGUGGGGAGCUGGGCCUGGGCUGGCCAGGCACUUCUGAGCAAUAUUCAGCUGAGGCCCAGGCAGGGCCAGAAGAAGAACCCAGGCAGGUCCACAAGCGCCUCGGAGCAUCCAGUGCUGGGUCUGUGGCCUCCAGGACCUCCCUAGCCACCAGAGGUCCAUUCUGUUCACGGCCUUCCGUGGGGAGGCCACUCCCUGUUGGUGGAAGGCCACUUCCUGGUGAGAGGGAGUCCGUGAGACUUCCUUUUCUGUCCCUCACUGUGUUCUACCGACCAUGCCCUCCCUUCAUCCCAUCAGGCCCUGCGACGGCAGGGUCUCCCCUCAGUAUUAGCUGCCAUAUUUUCCCUGUCCUCCAGACAAUAGGGAGAAGAGCCCAGCGGGGCCUUUUGCCAAACAGGGGAGAGAGACUGGAUGCUUCCCUCACUGUUUUGAGCCAGGCACUUCAGAGGGGUCAGCUGGGUACCCAGAGUCACUGGGCUGGAUGUGGGGGUAGCCACCUCAAGAGAACUCUGAACCUCUACACACAUUCUGGUUAAUACCUUCACAUCUCACUUUCCCUUUUGGGGAAAGAAUCGCUGAUUCCUACAGUAUCCACCCAGUCCUCAGGGCCUGCUUCAGGACCCUGGGGCACUGUCAUGCCAUUUGGACCCAGAGACCCAGGCCUCCCUCCCCCUGUUCCUCACCCUGGGAUAUGACAUGUGGUAUUUCCUGUGGUAAAAGACUGAGGCGGUUCAGGAGUCUGCCAGUAUACAUGUCCCAAUGUACAUAUGUUGUCCCCACGUCCAGCCCCAACCUUGGCCCCUGGCAGACACUGGGCAGCGUGGGUAAGACUGCCAUCCACAGCUUUGCCCCAGCUACCUGUGGCCAAGGGCUCCUAGAGACCCCCUUAGCCGCCCCCCCCCCCCAAAUACUAAGAAGCUAAAGUAUUUUAAUAUUUUGUUUUUUUUCUUGGUGCCAGAGUUUAUACCCUGGGUGCUGGGGUCGCACUGUGUUAUAUAUAUAUAUAAUGUGUAUAUAUAUAUAUUAUAUUUUU